AUGGUCAGAGACUGCAGACAUACUACAGGAGAGAUGGUCAGAGACUGCAGACAUACUACAGGAGACGGUCAGAGACUGCAGACAUACUACAGGAGAUGGUCAGAGACUGCAGACAUACUACAGGAGAUGGUCAGAGACUGCAGACAUACUACAGGAGAGGGGCCUAGAGAGGAUGGGACAGGGGACAGGAGAUGGUAGAGAGGAUGGACAGGGGAAGGAGAUAGAGAGGAUGGGAGGGGAGGGGAAGGACGCCUAGAGAGGAUGGGGAGGGAACGGUCAGGAGCCUAGAGAGGA